GUUUACCAGCCUCUUGGCCGGAUUCUCAUUGCUGCUUACCAGCCACACUGGAACCGGAACCAGAACCAGUACCGGCCUGUCUGAACCUUUUUCCUGUUCACACUCAACUACUUCUGUUUGGACUUUCUACCCGUACCAUUUAUUUUUAGAACAGGAAGUUGUGGCCUCUAAUGUCAAGUGUGAUACAGCCACCCAGGCUGCCAUUUAGUGGGCCAGCAGCAUGGAGAUCACAACGCUGUGUGCUGUCGUCGCCACUCUGAGAGUCCUUCCCAACAGAUCCCAGUUCUUUCAGUACGAGUCCGUCUCUCUGAGCUGUGAGCAGCGAGGAGGAAACUCCUCCAAGUGGAGAGUGAAGAAGAACACAUCCAUAUAUAUAAAUGAAGAGUGUUUAAUAUCCUGGGAAAGAACGCAUGAAUCCCACUGCUUCAUCGAUGACCUUUACCCAUCAGACACUGGGGUGUACUGGUGUGAGUCUGCAGAAGGAGAGUGCAGCGACGCCGUCAGCAUCACUGUGAACGCUGGCUCAGUGAUCCUGGAGAGUCCUGUCCUCCCUGUGAUGGAGGGAGACGAUGUGACUCUGAGCUGCAGAACCAAGACGACUUCCUCCAACCUCACAGCUGAUUUCUAUAGAGAUGGCUGCCUCAUCAGGAGCAGCUCUACAGGAGAGAUGACCAUCCACAGUGUUUCCUGGUCUGAUGAAGGACUCUACAAGUGUAACAUCUCUGGAGUUGGAGGAUCAUCAGAGAGCUGGCUGGCUGUCAGAGGAAGUCCUGACCCGCCCGACUCCCCCGUCCUACGCAUUCUACUUCCUGCGGUGGGCGUUUGCCUCUUGCUGGUCUCGGUGAUGCUGCUCUGCCUCCGGGGCAGCCACAAAGGUCAAAUGGAUCUGUCGGUUGUAUUGUACACUGAUGUCACCAGCACACGGAAGAGCAACCAAAAAAGUGAACCACUGAGGAGGGACUCCAUGUUGCUGUCUAAUGUCGCUGUAUACAGACGUGUUAACACAUCAAGCCGUGUGUUGAUUUACAAAGCCUGAAACUCUACUGCUGAUCAAGAGAAGCCAGGAAACUGUACUGUUGUACUGAAACCAUAGGGAGAUGGAUUGGUCACACCCUCAAACCCUUAGGAAGGACAAAAAUAACACUACAAUACAAUCCACCCGGGAAGACAAAACAGGAUAGGCUGAAAAACACCUGGAGAUGUUCCACGCUGCAAGACUUGGAGAACAUUGACGUAAGCUGGCAAGAAGCAAAAGGCCAGGCCCAGAAAAGAGUGAGCUGGAGAGCUCCGGUGGAUGCCCUACGCCCCUAAAGGAGGUUUAACACUAACAGCAGGGGCCGACUGGCCAUCGGGAAGUUCAUGAGGGGAAGUUUUUUAUUAUCGUUAUAUAGUAUAGUUUUUUUAUUUGU